CGUGUUAAUACUAUCUUUAACUUCAUAAACAUGACAGAAAAAUCACAACAAACGCUCUUUCAAAUCGCUUUUGAAUUCCUUAUUUAAGGACAUCGUUUUAAAAAACUACCUUUAAUUCAUCUCUCGAUAUGGAUAUCCCAAAACCCCCACAGGAUAUUGAACUGAAAAACAUCAUUGACAAAUUGGCCAAAUUUGUUGCUAGAAAUGGCCCAGAGUUUGAACAGAUGACGAAAAAUAAACAAAAAGGAAAUGCUAAAUUUAGCUUUCUCUUUGGUGGUGAAUUUUUCAACUACUAUCAGUAUAAAGUUACUACUGAGCAAGCAAUUUUAAAACAGAAGAACCAAAAUGCCAACGUCGGCACUGGACCGCAGGGACUAAAUGUAAUCCUCAACAACCAGGGUCAACCUUCCCUCAACAUCGGAGGUCAGUCGCUGGUGCAAUGGCUGGCUGCUCAACAGAGUCAGGCGCAGGCAGCUGUGGUGGCCCAGACGCCAGUACAGGCACCUCCGGCCACCUCACUGCGGACGAUGGAACAGCUGACAUCCCAGCAGGCGGCUCUACACGACCAAAUACUGGAGAGCGAACAGAACCUCAACGCUCAACACUCGGUGCUUAUGCAACAGCAGGAAGUUGCGAUUGAAGAAGCAAUUCAAAAGGCACAAAAAGAACAUAUGAAUGCCGAGGCGACCGAAUGUAGUCUCAACUUUGCCGAGAUGGACGCAAUACUGCAGCCAAUUAUUGAUUCCUGCACCAAGGAUUCCAUAUCUUCUGGGAAAGCUUGGAUACUGCAAAGGGCGACUGGCAAGAAGAUAAAUAGCGUUAUUGCUUCCUACCUUUUGUCUAAGCUUUUUGAAGAUAAGAGAACCUUUAACCAUAAACUACACAUCAUAUAUCUUGUCAAUGAUAUUCUGCAUCAUUGUGCAAGAAAGAAUAGUGGAGAAGAUCUAAAGAAGGCUUUGGAGUUAGUGGUUGUGCCGAUGUUCUGUAAUGCAGCGUCCAUGAAUGCUACUGAAGAACAAAAAGCAAAAUUGAACAAGCUGCUCAACCUUUGGGAGACGAAACACCACUAUUGUUCGCCCGAGAUUGUGGCAAAGCUGAAGACUCCGGUAGAGUCGUGGCAGCAGUACAAAGCGGAGUUGAGGAGUCAACACAACGACGCGGUGCAGAACAUCACCAACAACACAAAGACAACGUUCCACAGCUACCAGAGUCAGCACCAGGCGUUUGUGACACACGCGCUGCAACAGAUACAGACGAUAGAACAGCAAAAACAGACACUUGAGAGUCAAAACCAAGCAGCCGCAGCUCUAGCGGCAAGCGCUGCCGUCAGUCUACCUUCGACUGAACCUCCUGGUGUGACGACCCAGCCAGAUCAGCUGUUGCAACAUCAGCUGAUCUCCCAACCACCUCAGCAUCUGUUGCCUCAGCAACAGUCUCAGCAACAGCUGUUGCAACUGCAGCAACAGGCAAUCAGCCAGAUGACAGCUGAGCAGAACCAUAGUCUGGGCUCCACAAACCACCUUCAAGACCACGGACUGCCUCAGUCCGGGAUCGACGGGAUACCCGGGUUCCCGACUGCUCCACCUGACUUGGGUGUCCAGUUCACCCAACCUCCCCCAGGAUUCUUACCCACAUUUCCUCCUCCGGGGCCAGGUAUAGAGUUGCCAGAUCUGUCCAGACCCCCACCUGGGUUCCACCUCCCCCCGCCACCCCCCAUCAUGCAGCCUGAGGUCAUGCCAGAUGAUCUGCUACCCUCACUCCCCUACUAUGAUCUCCCAGCGGGGCUUAUGGUUCCUCUAAUUAAGCUAGAAGACUGCCACUACAAACCCUUGGAUCCCGAGUCCAUCAGACUACCUCCACCAGCGCCUCCUAGUGAGAGACUGUUGGCUGCUGUCAAAUCUUUCUACGCUCCUCCUGGCCACGACCAUCCUCGGGACAGUGACGGCUGGGAGAAAUUAGGUCUGUAUGAGUAUUACCGAGCGAAAAAUUCUGCUAAGAAGAGGAAAGAAGAUGACAUCUCAAAUGGGAUCAGAGAAAGAUCGAGGUCUCCUUCUCCCAUCACCAGGCCAAGGUCACGAAGCCGAACACCUCCCUCUAAGAAGAGAUAUCGGAGUCGGAGCAGAUCAAAGUCUCGGGGUCGAGAGUCUAGGAGUCCGCCACGUCGAAACAGCAACAGCAGUCGACGAGAAGCUCGUAGAAGUCGGACAGGAAGUCGACGGGACAGGUCUCGGUCUAGGUCUAGGUCAAGGUCGCGGACACCACCAGUCAAUAAAGAGCGAAGUCCUACACCACCUCCAGCUUCAUUUAUACAGCCGUACAGAAAUCCUACGACGGAGAAGUUAGACGAGAGCAACAAGGGCCACCAGAUGUUGCGCAAGAUGGGCUGGGGAGGUGCAGGGCUGGGGGCGAAGGAACAGGGCAUCGAGGCGCCCAUCUCCGGCGGAGAGAUCCGAGAUAGAAUUGACCAAUACAAGGGCGUUGGAAUAAACCUGAAUGAUCCAUACGAAAACUUUCGUAAAAGUAAGGGUCAAGCUUUUAUUACAAGGAUGAAAGCAAGAGCAGAAGAAAGAUCGUAGUUUUAGGUACUUAUUCGUGGUUUUAACUGCAAGUCAUAGAUUAUAUUUAAUGUGUAAUUUUAAUAAACAGUAAAUAUUAUGGUGUA